AUGACAACCAAAGCCUUACAUAUGGGCGCAAAGUACAAGAUCUUUCACCGUGAUGUGAAGAGCACGAACAUCUUAUUGGAUGAGACAUGGGUGGCUAAGGUUUCGGAUUUCGGGCUUUCGAAAAUGGGCUCCACAACCGUGUCCAAGACCCAUAUCAGAACAGUGGUGAAGGGUAGUUUCAGGUAUUUGGACCCAGAAUACUAUUGUCAUCAACAGCUGACGGAGAAGUCUUAUGUGUACUCAUUUGGAGUAGUGUUGUGUGAGGUAUUGUGCGCCAGCCCAGCUUUGAUAUGUACGAUGGAGAAGAAGCAAAUGAGCUUGGCUGAGUGGACCAAAAUCUGUCAUCGGAAUGGGAAAAUUGAUCAGAUCAUUGAUCCGAGCUUGAGGGGUAACAUUGGAAAUGCGUGUUUGAAUAAGUAUGUUGAGAUCGCAGUGAGCUACCUCCAAGAUAAUGGGAUUGAACGGUCUUCGAUGAACGACGUGGUGUGGGGGCUUGAGUUUGCAUUGCAGCUUCAUCAACAGGGCGGAUGA